AUGAUCGCCCUCGGCCUCGAAGGCUCCGCCAACAAACUCGGCAUCGGCCUCAUCUCCCACCCCUCCCCCACCUCCCCCCCCAUCAUCCUCGCCAACCUCCGCCACACCUACAUCUCCCCCCCCGGCGCCGGCUUCCUCCCCAAAGACACCGCCGCCCACCACCGCGCCUGGGUCAUCCGCCUCAUCAAGCGCUGCCUCCAGCAAUCCAGCCUCCGCCCCUCCGACAUUGCCUGCAUUGCCUUCACCAAAGGGCCCGGCAUGGGCGCCCCGCUCACCGCCGUCGCCGUCGCCGCCCGCACCGUCGCCCUUCUCUGGGACAAGCCGCUCAUCCCCGUCAACCACUGUGUCGGGCACAUCGAGAUGGGCCGCGCCAUCACCGGCGCCGAGAACCCCGUCGUGCUGUACGUCUCCGGGGGGAACACACAGGUCAUCGCGUAUUCGUGCCAGCGGUACCGGAUCUUCGGAGAGGCGCUGGACAUCGCGGUGGGGAACUGUCUGGAUCGGUUCGCGCGCACGCUGGCCAUCUCGAACGAUCCGGCGCCGGGAUAUAAUAUCGAGCAGUUGGCGAAGCGGGGGAAGAGGUUGUUGGAUCUGCCGUAUACGGUGAAGGGGAUGGAUGCGAGUUUUUCGGGGAUUUUGGCGGCGGUGGACGCGUUGGCGGGGCGGGUGCUGGCGGAGGAGGAGAGCAAGCGGUUGCGGGACGAGGAAAGCGGGGAGUUGGUCACGGUGGAGGAUCUGUGCUUUAGUCUGCAGGAGACGGUGUUUGCGAUGUUGGUGGAGAUCACAGAGCGGGCGAUGGCGCAUGUGGGGAGUCAGCAGGUGUUGAUCGUCGGAGGGGUGGGAUGUAACGAGCGGUUGCAGGAGAUGAUGGGCCUCAUGGCGAAGGAACGAGGGGGGAGCGUGUAUGCCACCGACGAGCGGUUCUGCAUCGAUAACGGCAUCAUGAUCGCCCAUGCUGGGUUGCUGGCGUUUGAGAGUGGUGUGAAGGACGGGCUAGACGACAGUACCUGCACGCAACGGUUCCGGACCGACGCCGUGCAUAUCAAAUGGCGAGAUUGA